AUGAGUCCCAGCCCACGGUCCGAGACUAGAAGCACGAAACGGGAAACCCGCCUUGAGCGCAUCUUCUUCGAGCACGAGAUCCAGAGUCCAGAAGCCCUUUCCGUUGCCCCCGUCGCGGAAGAAACCCACGCCAUGCGCACGGUCGACGAAACGCUACCGCUUGGUCGAGCUCGCAGUACAAGUAAGCCGAAGCCGAAGCCGAGGACGAGUGACCUGGCGCGGCAGCGGAGCAAACGCAACUUUUUCGAGGACGCUUUCUCGGUCCACCCAACAAGCCCAGCGCGAGAACGGGUCCAUGGCGAUGCCAUCGUCACGGCCGAGGUCAAGACCAAUGUGAUCAUCCGCGACGAAUUCGCCUUCAUCACCGAGCUCGCCUACCACCUCUCCUCACGCUACCAGCGCCCCGUCUCCUCCAUCGUCAUCACCCUCCACCACGGCGCUUGCAUGUUCUUCGCCGGCUCCUUCGAACCGGCCUACACCAUGUCCGUCGCCGCGCUGGCCACACAACUCCAGCCGACUACCAACAAGCGCAACGCAGCGCUCAUCCAGCGUCACAUGGCCGAGACGCUGGGCGUGCCGCCCGAGCGGGGCUUGGUGCGCUUUGUGCCGGUGCAGGAGGUGCAUUUGGCGUGUGGCGGGAAGACGGUGGCUGGGGAGGUGGAAGAGCUGGAACGAAAGGGCGGUUGGCCUGGGACUGUUGAUGAGGGAGAGUGCGGGAAUGCUGGCGGCUCGCCGCUGGGUGCGGAAUGCGAGGAUGGGUCGUCCCCGCUGAUGGGGCUCAAGCCGACAAGGACGGAACGGUCCCUCACUGCGCUUCGUCCGCCGACCGGAAAUAUCCCGACUCCUGAGCUAACGCCCCCGGGCAGUGGUGACGAAGGGGUAUCAGGGACGCCAGGAUCGUACUUUAAGGGAUCGCCUGAACUCGACCGGGCCGGUUUUCAUCAUGUGUCCCAGCCGCAGCAGCAACAACAUAAGUCGGCGCGGAGGAAGAAGAGUUUCGUGUCCACCAUUUUUAGGCGCUCUAGUACUAAAUCCCCGGAUCGAUUAUCGCUGCCGACAAUUGUGGAUGAGAGGUUGGGUGUGGUGUGA